AUCAAGUUCGAACGCCCAUCGGGCAAUGUCAAUAACGAAAUGCAUCUUGGGGCGCUGUAGUUUCGUGGCGACCUGGAAAACAACGGGACCCGGUGGGCAGAAUGGGGCCGAUAAAACAUCAUUUCCCAUAAAGCCCGAGGGUGGGCAGAUGACGCAAACGACGCAGUCGCGCGGGGACGUGAGCCCUAGCAUCCCAUUCCUGUUGGGCCGGCCAUGUUGGAACCUGAAGUCUCUUAGCUCUGUGGAGGAACAAGAGUGACUGGAUAUUUUGGAUUCCUUAUAACAGCCUUUCGAGGUGAAGGUGCGAGCCAGAAAUCUACCGGGCGGGCAGCGUUUCGACAGACGGCAGACUGCCUGUGACUUCAGAGGGAAGGGGGAACGAAAAUGAGCCCCACCGACGCAAAACGAGGAGCGAAACGCAGGAAGAGCAAGCGGGGCGGUGGCAGCAGUAGUUGCAGUGGUGUUGUUAGCAGCAGCAGUGGAAAGGCCGGGGCUUCUGCCGCGGCCCGGAGUCCGCAGGCAGCGGGAGCCCAAGCGGCGGCGAUGGGCUUGCUGACAACCGGGGGUCCUGGCAGUGACAGCGCUGGCCUGAAUAGGGAGGUAUCUUUAAAUGGUACCCAGUUCACAGAAGGGCUGGUGAAUCCUGAGUUUGCAGGAGUCUUGCAGACCCCUUUUACCUUUGGCUUAGGUCAGAGGGCACCAUACACAACAGGGGAACGAUGUCUCCUGUGCAGAAAUGAACGUAAAGAUAAUUCACUUUUGGAAACAGGGGUUUCCAGUUCUAGCAAAACAGCACUUUCCACAUCUCCAAAAACCAACAGCAUGCUUCAGUUACCUCUGUGGGUCUGCCCAGAUUGCCGGCGCACAGUGGAAAAAGAGGAACGACAUGCUGCCUUGGAGCAGUCACUUGUGAACCAGGACUUCUUAUUGCACAUGCCUGCUGGGAACAAUGGGUCGCUGCAGGAGCCUGGGGGCGGAGGAGGAAGACAAGCUAUUGGUGCACAGACACCACCAACUCCAGACCUCGGCACUCCUGUGGCCACAGAUACAGUGUGUAGCUGUGAGGCUUGUAAUGAGCGAAGGGAAAUUUCGGCAGAGUCUGAAAGAGAGUCUCAGCAGCUUCAGAAUUACUGGUCUGAAAUCCGCUACAUGGUGAGGUGUAUCUAUCGACAGACCGGAACACCACUGGCAGAUGACCAGGACCAGCCCCUGGAUCGAGACAAGGAAGGAAUGAAAGAACUAGUAGAUAGACUUUGUGAAAAAGACCCCUACCAGCUCUAUCAGCGGUUAGAGCAACAAGCUAGGGAGUACGUGCUAGAAAUGAAGGUUCGUCUACUGAAGCAUCUGUCUGUAGGCUCUAAGAUGGCAUCAGCAGUGCAAGGCCCCCCACAAGCACAUCAGUUCAUCUCCCUGCUCCUGGAGGAGUACAGUGCCCUCUGUCAAGCUGCACGCACAAUCAGCACCUUCCUGCUCACACUGGAAAAUGAGCAUUUAAAGAAAUUCCAAGUGACAUGGGAGCUACACAACAAGCACCUUUUUGAAAAUCUUGUUUUUUCGGAACCCCUUCUGCACAACAAUUUACCCAACCUCGUUGCACAGUUAAGGUGUGGGACAGCUUCACAUGAUUCCUACAGUGAAGAUAUGUAUAGCACCCUGCUUCAGAGCUACCACCAUCUUGACCAGGAAAUGAAUGUAGUUGCUGUUGAGUGGCUUGAAUGUGAAAAACGGAUAGAUGAUUAUGUAGAUGAACAGUUGCUAUUUAAAGUGGAAGGGCAGAACCAUACAAAUCAGAGGACAGAUCCACAUAAGUCACUAAUUAGCAAAAAUAUAUCAUUAAAAACAAAGCAACGCAUGCUGAAAGAAGAUUGGGAGUUCUUUAAGCAAAGAAGAUUUAUUGAAGAACAGCUAACAAACAGUAAGAAAUCCCUUACAGGAGACAAUAAUUUUACAGAUACAAUGAGACACAUGCUUUCAUCUAGGCUGAGUAUACCAGAUUGUCCCAACUGUAAUUAUCGGCGAAGGUGUACGUGUGAUGACUGUAGCCUUUCGCACAUUCUGACCUGUGGCAUUAUGGAUUCUUCCAUCGCUGAUGAUCUUCAUGUGACCAAGUCGCCAAUGCAAGUGGAGUCUGCUCCUGACUAUCUCUCUGAAGUCCAUCCACCCAGCAUGUCUUCUGCAAGCUCCGGCUCAGGACCCAGCUCCCCCAUCACAAUCCAGCAGCACCCCAGACUCAUCCUCACAGACAGUGGUCCUGCUUCCACCUUCGGCAGUGAUGAUGAUGAAGUACCUCCGCUAUCUGCUAAGUUUGCCGAUAUUUACCCAUUGGGUAGCUAUGAUGACGCAGAGGUAGCAGCCAGCAUGAAUGGAACUCAUGGUCAGCUGAAUGGAGGAGGAGAAAAUAUGGCGUUAAAAGAUGAGUCCCCGCGGGUGAGCAGCAGCAGCAGCAGCAGCAGUAGCAGCUCUUCCUCCGAAGCAGACGACGAGGAGGCUGACGGGGAGAGCAGUGGGGAGCCCCCAGGGCCGCAGGAGGAGCUCCCUUCAGGAAGGAGAGCUUCAGCGAAGGAUGACAUGAGUAGCGAUAGUCCUCCGCCAUCUUACCAGAACCAACAGACUGAUCAAGUUCAGCAUGCUUGCGAAUGUCAUGUUUGCAAGCAGGAAGUAUCUGGUAUUAAUGGAACGACACUCACGCCUGGGAGACUCCAUCCUGGCCACCAGUUCUUAACAGAGAAAACUUCCCAUCCUGCUUUGCACCUUUAUCCACAUAUCCAUGGCCAUCUACCGUUGCACACCAUCUCACAUCUACCUAGGCCCCUUCUUCACCCAACCCUCUAUACUAGUCCGCCUUUUACACACAGCAAUAAGACGCCUCCAUCAGCCCCGACAACCAACCACACGGGCAAACAUCAGGUUUUCAAUGCUUCACUUCAAGACCAUAUUUAUCAAAACUGUUUUGGGAACACUACAGACUGGAACAGUUCACUCCCCCCGUCUCUGAAGUUUGAAAACAUCUGGGAAACAUCAGUCAUGAACUGGAAUCCAGCAAUUUUUCUGCAGGAGCCGCUCUCAGGUGAUAUGCUUGGAUCGGCUCUCCCGGAAAUCAGACCAGACGUUCCACCACCAUCAUCCAGUGCUGAAACCACAACCCCUACAGAAACCACAGAAAAAAAGAACACAGCCAAGAAGAAAUGUCUCUAUAAUUUCCAAGACACAUUUAUGGAAGCUAAUAAAGUUGUUAUGGCAACAUCUUCAGCAACCUCAUCCGUGUCCUGCACAGCUACUACUGUCCAGUCAAGUAAUAAUCAGAUCAAAGUUUCAUCUAAAAGACCCACUUCUUUAGGUGAGGUAUUUCACAAUCUAGGUAAAGAGGACCACAGACACCCACCUCCAGUUGUACCUAGAAAUAGCCCGACAGGUUUAGCUUCACUCCCUCCUCUUAGCGCCACAACAUUCUCUCCAGCCGCCGCUCCUCAUCUCCCCACUAUUGGAGCUCCAGCUUUCCCAAAGAUGGCUGCCACAGCCCCUGGCUUCGUGGACCCCCACCAAGGCCUGUGCCCUCCCUCAGCGGCGCCCCCUGCUGCGGCCACCGAAAGCUCUGUCAGCGCCCCGCCCAGCGUUUGCAGUGACCCGGACUGCGAGGGCCAUCGAUGUGAAGGCAGUAGUGCAUAUGACCAUCAGCAGUACGAUGGCGAGGAGAGCCAGGAUGAGGACAGCUGCUCAGAACACAGUUCUAGCACUUCGACAUCCACCAAUCAGAAAGAAGGAAAGUACUGUGACUGCUGCUACUGUGAAUUCUUUGGCCAUGGGGGGCCUCCAGCGGCGCCAACAAGUCGGAACUAUGCAGAAAUGCGCGAGAAGUUACGCCUUCGGCUCACAAGGCGGAAAGAGGAACAGCCAAAGAGAGGUGACCAGCUGCUGGACAGGGAGAGCUUAGAAGACCACCGAAAGGUAGAAGACCUAUUACAGUUCAUAAACAGCGCCGACUCCAAACCUGUCAGCAGCUCUCGGGCGGCCAAAAGGGCGCGGCACAAACAGAAGAAGAUGGAGGAAAAGGCCCGUCUGGAGGCCGAGGCCCGGGAGAGGGAGCAGCAGCAGUUGCUUGAGGAGCAGCGGCGGAGGGAGGAGGAGACGCUGAAACAGGAGCUGCUGAGGCUUCAGGAGCUCCAGCAGCUGAGGGCUGUAAAGAAAAAGAAAAAAGACAAAACAAAAGAGGUUCAAAAAGCAGAACCUGCUGCACCCCAGAACCCCCAACACUUAAAGGAAACCGCUCAGAACGCAUUGGACAACUUUAAGAAUGGUAAACCCCAGCUGCUGCAAGACAUUAUUCAGCUACCCAGUCCUCAGACUGGACCGGAAGACAAUAAAGAGCAGCAGAGAUUAGUGCAUGAGCCCACUAUGACUAAGCAGACCUGGGUGAAUGGAAAAGACUGUAGGCAGCUUAAUCAAAUGCAGAGCCAGAAGAACGCAAAGGUGAAACAGGUGGACACACCUGUUCCUCCUGAAGCUCUCAUGCAGAAAGAAGUGAAUGGAAAGUCAAAGGUAAGGCAGCCACUAAGCAAACUUGUAACAGAGAUAGCAAAGAAGUCCCCUGAAAUAUCCAAAGGUACAGAGUUGACCGCAAAGACUACUAACGGCGCUCAGAUAGAGUCUAAGCCUAAACCUGGAGAGGAUCCUUCGAGUGAAGUGAAAAGGGAAGACAAGAUCAACAGCUUAAACGGCAAGAAGCAGCUAAAUCACGUGAGAGAGGACAAGGCAGCUGAAGUCACAGAGCUGCCUCCCCAGGUGGAGCAGCAGAACAGCAAGCCCAGCACAGCCGAAUCUCCACAGCCUAAAGGAAAGGCCAAGAAGAACAAAAAGAAAAAGGGAGAUAAGCUCAACAACUCCAUCGAUGAUGUGUUCCUGCCAAAAGACAUUGACCUGGACAGCGUGGAAAUGGAUGAAACAGAACGAGAAGUAGAGUACUUUAAAAGAUUUUGUUUGGACUCUGCUAGACAGACUAGACAGCGGCUUUCCAUCAACUGGUCAAACUUUAGCUUGAAGAAAACCACAUUUGCUGCACACUGAUAACCAUACAAAAAGACAUUGGCAGGAACCAAUCACUGACUGCUGACUCAGCCCUGCUGUGCUAGAAGCUCCUUUGGCCUCUGAGCUUCUGCUGCCUUGCCUUGUCCUUGUUGCUGCGAGGGUCUGUGAAGAACCCGUUUGGCCUGAUAUUCUUGCAGAACUGAAAAAAAAGAAAAACAAAACAAAAGCUACUUUCUACCUGAAUUUGUUUGCUUGUGUGCUUGUAGUCUGUGAGUGGGACAUUUCUCUUGACUGUAGCCAUAUCCUGAUGAAGCUAGAACAUAAAAUGACUUUUGUUCAGAUUUAUUCUGGCUUCCCCCUCCCUCCCCCACCUAUAGUAGUCCAGGCUGCUUACGUUCUGUUUGGAUGAAGGUCCUCCAAAAAGAAACCAUUAAAACUUUUUUCACUGUAACUGUGGCUUCUAUCACACAUGCAUCCAGCACUUCUUUCAGAUUGCUGACAAGGGAAUGGGCUUGGUCAGUAUCACUCUACUUUACUCCAGCUUUCUACACAAUAAGGUUUUAAAAAAGAAGGAGGGCUGAUACUUGACAAUGCAUUUUUCUUUUUGUCUCACAAUCCACUGUUCAAAAGUGUUCAAGUUAUGUGUUUUUUUUUUCUUCUUGACCUGUAGCCAGCUUGUAUCAGAUUACUUGCAGAAUGGAAUUUAAGAAAAGAACAGUACUCACACUAUCGAACCUGUUAUAGAGUGUAUAUUGUAUUAACACUGAAGCCAAACUGGCUACUUUUUAACAUAUUGUUAAGUAAUAUUAAAAAUCUUGUCUUUCUUUUUUGAAAGAUGGAAUACAGUAGUAUGGCAGGAAGA